AUGAAGGCCCCCACGGCGGUCCCCAAGGCGGUCCUGGAGGUCCUGGCGGCCCUCACGGCGGCCCCGGUGGCCCCGGUGGUUCUCACGGCGGUCCCGGCGGUCCCGGCGGCCCUGGAGGAUUUGGUGGUCCUCAUGAAGGCCCUGGUGGCCACGGCGGCCCUCACGGCGGCCCCGGUGGUCCUGGUGGUCCUCACGGCGGUCCUGGUGGCCCUGGUGGCCCCCACGGAGGUCCCGGCCGUUUCUAAAGCCCUGACGAGCCGCAAGUCGAGCUCCGCAGAUGAUCGAUUCGUGAAACCAUUCGAGCGAAGUGACUGUUUUCCAUUGAGUCAUGUUGGAUAUGAAUGA